AUGUCUCCGCAGGCCGUGAUGGGCGCUGCACAACCGCCCGCCGCGCAAGGCGAAGGCCCGCCCGGAGCGAACUUGUUCAUCUACCACCUGCCGCCGCACUUUGGAGACUCGGACCUCUACUCUCACUUCGCGCCUUAUGGGCAGCUGGUGAGCGCGAAGGUGUUUAUCGACAAGGCCACAGGCCAAAGCAAAUGCUUUGGCUUUGUGAGCUACUCCAUGCCCGCAGCCGCAGAAAUGGCCAUUCAGCAGAUGAACGGCUUCCAGGUGGCCGGCAAGCGUCUACGAGUGCAACACAAGCGAUCUCGCGCCCAGCCCUACUGA